AUGACUCAAUUCGGGAGUCUCAAUCUUCAAUAUGCCAAUAAGAUAUUGCCAACGCUAAAUAACGUUCCAAAAAGCAAAUAUGAGUAUACAAGGUUAUCACAGAAGCUUAAUGUAUUGAAUAAUCAGGCGCAUUAUUUAAAAGAUAAUUUAAGGAGAAUCCUUAACGAAAAAUUUGCAGAACCAGAGGUUUAUAUGCUAUCUCAACUGCUAGAAUUGAAGGAUGAAUUUAAUGCAAAUCAAACUGAAGUUGUACGUUAUAUUCAAACAGCGCAAUUACAACAAUCAUUUCCUACAAAAGCAACAUCUGUUAAGAAGACAAGUAUAGACUUUAUAUCAAACGAUCAAAAUCAAACAUCUUUUUUCUCUACACGCGUAUUAAAUGAAGAAAUUGCCAAGUUAGAAGAGCUUAUUGCAGACAUGACAAAUAAGCAAAAGAAAGUUCAGCAGGAUUUAAGUGAAUUUAGGAAUUUAAGCAAACAAGCAAAAGUUGAUGACGAAAUGAAAACGCUUUCUAAAGGAUGGAUCCCACAAUUCAUACAUAAUUCUUAUCCAUCAAGAUCAGCACCUUCUUUUGUUAAGCUAACGAAUGAAAGAAAAAGAUUAGCAGAUAUUAAAAAACAAUAUGACUUAUUAGCUGUACAAUUAAUACCUGAAUUUGCUAGACAUUUAGAUAUUGCUAAAUUAGGUUUCACAGACAAAGAAAUGAAAUUAUUCAGGAGGAAAUUUAAAUUCCCCAAUGCAGCAACUCUCACUGACAUGGCAGUGGAAAUGGCCGAAAAAUGGGAUGAAAAGAGGCUUCAGGAGAAAAGAGAGCAAGAAGAAAGAGAAAUUGAGAAAAAUCAAGAAGAAGAACAUGAUGAAGAAAAUGAUCAAAAGACAUUCGAAACAGAGCCUCCAAAUCUAUAA